AUGUCAAAAUAUGACUGCGACAAAUACAAGUUUAUAUCAAACUUGGGCGAAGGUGCUUUUGGUGAAGUAUUUUUGGUAAACAGUUGUGAAGACAGAAAGAAUUAUGCUUUGAAAAAGUUAAAAUGUAGAACGAACGAUGUUCUUCAUAAUGUGAUGGAAGAAUUACUAUCAAAACCGUACAACGAAGCCAAACAACUUAAAUGGUUGAAACAACUGUCUGAGGCCGUUGCGUACAUUCAUGCCUUAAGUCUAGUGCAUCGUGAUUUGAAACCAGAUAAUAUUCUGUUCAACGCUAACGAUAAUGUUAAAGUGGGGGACUUUGGCCUCGCACGAGAUUUUGUUUCUGCAAAACGCGAAGAUGAAACAUGGUUGAAUUACUAUAUGAACAGUUUUUGUGGUAAGAUAUUCUAUAUGGCUCCAGAGGUAUUCGAUGGUCAUUACAACGAAAAGGCAGACGUAUUUGCUUUAGGUUUGUUGAUGUAUAUCUUAGUUGAAGCAAAGUACCUUAACAUCAAUGGAAAAUGUUGUUAUGGUUUGUUUAUCAGCCUAAAAGAUGGCACAUGGGCUCCUCUGGUUUGCAAAUGUAUCAUGAUAAAAAAGGACUUCAAUUUACCUUUGAAAAAUGCUCUCGACGUAUUGCUCAAAUAA